AUGGUGGACAUCGAGAUGCGAGCAGGGCGGAUGGUUCCGGGGGCCAGGCCCGGCGACCCGGGAGCCGCCGCGGCACCGAGGCAGCUCGGGGAGCCCUGCGCACGCGGGAGCGCGGCGCCGUGCGAGCGGGACGACCUCGAGUGGCGGGGCCAAGACGGGCAGGGCCUGCGGCCCGCGCCGCCGCGGGCCGAGGCGCCGUCCCUGGCCGCGAGGGCGAGGCCGGGCCCGGGGCAAGGCGGCGUGGCGCGGUGGCUGGUCGGGCUGGCGGCCUGCGCCGUCGUGGCGUGCUCGCUGGGCGGCAGCGGGGGCGGUCGGGCUGGCGGCGGCGGGCCCGGCGGCGGCGAGGGCGAGGGCCCUCGCGCGGCGCCGCGCCCGCCCGACGCCCCGCUGGGUGUCGGCGAGAGCGGCCGGCCGCCGUUCGGGUCGGCCGUGGUCUACGGGGCGCAGGAGGUGCCGGGCCUCACCGAGUGGGAGUGCGCCUGCCAGCAGGACUCAGACCCCCUGGUCAGGGGCAUCCUGGAGAGGAGCGGCAAAGACUGCCCGGCGGCCGACGGGCAGGGCCUGCUGAUCUCGAGCGACCUCGAGGACUGCCGCCUCGCCAUGCCCUUUGUCGCCGCGGCGGGCACGGGGAAGACGUGCGUCAGCAGGGCCGCCGUCGAGAGCUCCUGCCGGGAGGUCCUCGACGGCUGGUGGGACGUCAAGCUCGGCACGUGGCGGGGAGACGCAGCGUUCGAGGCGUGGAAGGAGUUCGGCCGCAGUGCCGAUGCAGAUGAGGUGCUGGAGAGGUUUGCCCGGGACGUCCACGACCUUCCGCUGCUGAGGUGGGCCGAGAAGAGGAGCCCCGACCGUGCUUCCUUCCAGGUGGAGGACUUCCUCGCGUACGUGCAGCCCAGGUGCGUGGAGAUGGUGCUCCGCGUUUUCGCAGGAGGGGAGCUCACCCAGCUGUCCGGGAACAGGCUCUUCGACACCGUCUUCGAGCACGAGCUGCCCAAGUCAGCCUCGCCUCCCAACAUAGUCGACCUGACGUACGGCUGGCUGAGGGACGACGUGAAGGCGAAUACCCAGAUCAGCAUGCACUCCCAGGUCACCAUCAACGGCAAAAAGGAGAAGGAGCACUACCAGUUCAAGAGGCUGCGGAAGCAGUUCGGCGUGCCCGACAGCUUCCUGGACGAGGGCGCAGCGGGGAGGUCGCCGGAGGCCGCCAGUGACGUCAUCGUGACCUGCGAGCCGCUGUCUGACCCGCACGCGCAGGUGCGGUGGAGGAGCUUCCACGUGCUCGCGCAGAGCUACUUCGAGCACAUGGCGCAGAACCCCGACAGCCUGCUGCCGCGCAUCUACUCCGCCUGGUUCUCGGAGUCCGAGAGCGGGCUCUGCUAUGCGAUGCAGUCCCUCGUCCCGGGGCACUUCGUCAGCGACGUCGAGUGGAGCCGAGGCCUGAGCAGUGCCACGCUCUUCUGGGAGUUGAAGGGGUCGACCUCCCUGAAGGAGUAUUUCGGGCAGCAGCACCAGUAUCCGAUCUUCGAGGACGCGGACUUCAAGCGCGACCUCGUCCUGCUCUUGCCAGCACAGGUUCGGGAGGAGCUGAUGGAGCAGCUCAAGGCGGACACCCAGUGGCUGAGUCGAAACGGCUUCAUGGACUACAGCUUGCAGCUGCUCCGUGUGAAGGUCGGCGACGCAGACGCGAACAUCCUAAACAAAGUCUGCCCUGGGGCCCCAGACGCGAAUGGCAAGAUGCAUCGCGCUUUCUUCCAGCGGGACGGAGGCUUCUCUGGCACCGCUGCGCCAUGGGACAGCUGCAUCUACCUGUGGGCGAUCGGCUUGGGCAACACCCUGCAACCGUACUCGCUGUACGAGGCCUUCUUGGCCGCGAUGAACAGGGUGGUCCAUCCUGGCCUGGCGCUGACCGACGUCGAUCCCGAGAAGUACUCGGAGAGCUUGCAGGCCUUCAUGCUGGAGCACUCGAAGUCCGAGAUCGAGCUCCCGCCGGGCGUGGACGCCGACGUGGCGCCGCGCAAGUACCAGGCGGCCUUCAUCUACCAGAAGUGCUCGGAGGCCCAGGACAGCGCACGGGCCAGCACGCCACACCCGCCGCCGGUGUGCGAGGAUGUCGGGCUCGUGGACGUGGUCCCCGAGCUGCAGGGCCUGCUGGAGGAGGCGUCGCGGGACUUCACCGAGGACGAGGCGCGCGCGGCCCGGGCGCAGCUCGGCGUGGACGGGGCGCCGUGCGCGGAGGGCGCGGCGGCCGCCUCGCUCGUGGUCGGGCCAGCGGCGGACGGCGACCCCGCUGGCCCCCUCUGCCUCCGCCCCCGGGGCGCGCCGCCGACCCUCUGGAUGGCGCACCACCGAGGCUACCAGGAGCUCGUGCGCUUCGGCCAGCGGCUCGGCUGCGUGUCCCGGAGCGGCUGGGAGGCGGUGACCGCUGCCGCGGCCGAGCAGGAGAGGAGCGGCUGCUCGAGGAGGCCACCCGCCCGUCCUGCAGGAAGGCCGUCGCCAUCCGCAGCACCUGCUCCACGUACGGGGAGUGCGAGGAGCGGGUCCGGCUGCUCAGGCGGAGGGGCUACGUGGUGUCCGUGGAGGGCAGGGCCGGCCCGAUGUGGCCGCAGGCAGACCGCCCAGGCCAAUACGUGGACCCGGGCAGUUUUGCCAUGUCCGUGGCCGCCAUGGUCCCGGUGA